CCCUUCAAGUUCAGUCAUUCGAUCUUUUAGCAUCGUAUCCUUUACUUCUCCACAGCACGCCCGGACGAGGACGAGUGAGCGCGUGAAGACCAGUGCCCCGUACCAUUCGUACGUAUCCAUCUUUGUCGCGCGGCUAAUCAGCCUUGAAUGUUUUACAGGGGAGGAGUGAAUCUCUUUGCGCCCCUCGCCGGCGCAUCUGACCUCGUUUCGUCUGACGCCUUUCACGGUUGGCCCCAUCUCUCGGCCACUGUUUCUCUCACCUGCUCAUCUCUUCCCAACAUCCUUCUUUUAUCCUCAUAGUCUUCUCCCUUCACCUUCACCUUCAUAUUAUUUUCCUUCUUUUAAACACAAUCUUGAUCAUGGAGGACGUCGAUAACGGCGUGGCGUCCAAGAGUACGAUGACCCACCAGGGUGAGCCUCGACUGAGUCGCACGGCAACCGACCCAUCGCCUGAAGCACAGAACCCCGUGGCAUCAAAGGCCAAGAAGCUGAAGGCGGCUACGAAGAAGCAGAAGGAUACAGCUCGAACCUCCAAGGGGUCGAAGAAGAGGUCCAAAAACCAGCGGGUGCGAAUCUUGGGCGAUUCUAGUGAUUUUUCUUCGGAUGACGAAGGCGAAGAAGAUGACAAUUUCGAUACGUCUUCUUCUGAGUCUGAUGACAGUGAUCUUGAAACGUCUAAAAAGCCGCAUCGCAAGUCCCAGAAGAAAACCAAAGGCGGCAAGGGAGGCAAGCGCAAGAGGAAAAGCAAAUCGACUGCCGACGACGUCGUCUCAGACGAAGACAGCACAUCCACAGACUCCACUGGAGACGGGCCCCGUGGUAAGAAAGCUUCCAAAGACAAGAAAAAGGCCGCAGGGCAACUUGGGGGCAUCGAAGAGCGCAUGCAAGCCCUCGAAAACCUCAUCACAUCCCACGUUGCCACGCUCUCUGUUCAGCCACCAUCUUCGUACCCGCCACCGCCAAGUUACCCGUACUUCUCCGGCUCCGCUGCUCCUCCCAGCUUCGGUGCUGACCGGGUGCAACGCCCGUACGACACGGAGUACGCACUCGGCAGAAACAGGCCUCCGAUCCCUCCGCCCCCAGGGCGCGCCGCCAGGCUUGCAGCCCGCGCCAGGGGACUCCGUGCUUCCGCGCCGGGAGACGGCGAUGGCGAAGUAGACGACGACGGCGACGCGGUGCCAACAAAGCCUGACUACAAGAGAGUGGACUUGGUGUGGGAUUCGUCCUUGUACAUGUUCAAGCUGCAGGACACGGUGAAAACAAGCCCGGACACGCGAUACGACGGCUACGUUUUCCAUGUGCGCCGCACCUUUGACCACGAGGGCAAGUAUCGCCGCACGUUCGUGGACAUCAAGAGCAAGCUGCUGCGCGAAUGUUUGCAGGAUGUCAUUAAGAAUGUCAACGGCAUAAGCUUGGUGGAUGAAGUCCCCAAACUGGACCCCAAGCUGCUCUAUCUCUACUACAAAGAGCUCAAGGCGCACCUGAGUGCACUGCGAGAGCUCAAGCCAGCGGGCGACACGCGCAAGCGACGCAAGAAGAACCAGAAGCGCCUGGAUGACAAGAGAAAACACCUGCGCGUCUUGCUCAAGUAUCUGAACAAGGACUACCACGAUAUCAAAAACACCCUCGAGCCCAUGCUUGCGAGCGGUCUGAUCACGUACGACCUACUGUGGGCCUUGUGGAAGCCUCACACGCUGGUGUACGCGCCCACCUACGGCCAGCAUGACACCCCCAGAGUCUUCAAGGUCGACGUGGCCGAGAAGCACAACUCGAUGAUGAAGGGCGACUUCUACCACAUCGCCGGCAAGUAUUUCGAGUUUGACGGCAAAAAGUACGGCUAUGGGGCAAUUGCCGAGGAGAUUACCGAGUUCAAGGGUGCGAGGAAGAUCACGUCUCUCCCAUGCUAUCCACUCGAGUACCACAAGGACGCCGAAAAGCUGCGCAACGACCUCGUCGAGCGCGGAAAGAAGUUUGUUGCCCUCAGCGGCGUGCACUUUAGGGCCUUUUCGGGCAUGGCGUUCAUGAAGCGCAAAAAGGGUGUCUUGAAGUUCAACAUUACCAACAGUCGCAUCAUGGUGGACCCGGCCAUCUUCCGCCGGAUCAACCCAAACUAUUACAUCUCCAGCGUCAAGUCCAAGGACCACGACACCAUCGCCAUUGAUGACAACUCGGACGCGUCGGACGAGGACACGGAAUGUGAGUGUGGCGAGUUGGACUCUGGUGACGACGAGGAAACGGGCGCUGCAGAGGGCACCACCAAGGUCAAGUAUGUGACCAGAGCAAUCAAAGACGAACGCGGCACAACGCAUCUCGUCCAGGUACCGAAAGACUCGUCUAGCGAGGAAGAGACCGAAGAAUCACUCGAGCAAUUGCCCAGCAAGGAUGGAACUUGCGAACACGAGACGCCGGAAGCUUCGACAUCCAAUGAGACGGCAAAGGAGGGGCCCACGGAUACUGAGAGUGAGGUGCCCUAUCUCACAGACGAGGAGUACUUGAUAGCCUCGCCAUUGGUGCUGGGCUUCUCUUUUGCGGAAAAACAGUGGCUUGAAUUCGAUGUCGAGGGGAUCAAGGACAUUUCCUGGAACGAUAAGGCGUGGGACUCCCUGGUGCUCGAGGCCGGGACCAAGGACCUGAUCAAGGCUCUGGUGGAGUCGCGCAAGUUCAGCGCAGCCACGACAAUCGACGACGUGAUUCAAGGAAAAGGCAAAGGCCUCGUUACUGUCCUUCACGGACCCCCCGGGACGGGCAAGACCCUCACGGCCGAAGGUAUCAGCGAGCUGCUCAAAUGUCCGCUUUACAUGGUCUCGGCUGGUGAGCUGGGAACUGACUCGCGCUUCCUUGAGCACGAGCUGCAGAAGAUCCUCGAUAUCUGUCAUGCGUGGGGUGCGAUCCUACUAUUGGACGAGGCGGACGUGUUCCUGGAGAAGCGAAACAUGGCCGAUAUCCACCGCAACGCACUCGUGAGCAUAUUCCUACGCCAGCUCGAGUAUUUCCAGGGAAUCCUGUUCCUCACAACGAACCGGGUCGAGACGUUUGACGAAGCUUUUCAAUCCCGCAUCCACGUGGCUCUCCGCUAUGAUAAACUCGACGCUAAGGCGAAGCGUCAAGCCAUUCUCGGAAGACGACCUGGCGGCUCUCUCCAAGCACGAUCUGAACGGCCGAGAGAUCAAGAACGUGUUGGGCUCCGCACAGGAUUUGGCCAUCAACAAGGGCGAGCCACUGAGCGUGGCGCACGUCAAGCUUGUCCUCGAUGUGCACGCGAGGUUUGGGAGGGAUCUCAAGGGCGGUACGGGCUACGAGGAUGCGAUGAGGAGUUACUUCUGAUGAAGCACCCAGUACAUGGAGAGCGCCCCGGAGAGUACAGAGGCUCUUGCUUUAGUCAGCGAUGACUCAUGGCAUGGCGAGGGUGAUCAUAUGUGUGUGGAGGGAGAGCCGUGAAAGCUGACUAGCGAAGUCCAGGGCAGCAAUGAUGAGGGAUAUCUCGAUGAACAGAGCGAUUCGAGGGUCG